GCGGUGAACCGAUUGCAGAACGCCGCGGACUUCGCGAUCGCAGGUGAAGCUUCCAGUAAAUCUUUAGUAGUCGUGAAUUCUUCAGAAGCUCUACGUACAGAACAAUGAUUUCAACAAAGCGAAGGGUAAAACAUAUUUUGCUCCUGUGAAUUAAAGUGAACAUUGUUUUAAUAGUGCACUGUCAUCGUGCACAUGCAUUUUCAAUGUAAAAACUAACAGCACUACCUAUGAUUUUGAUGAAGAUCGAUUGUCCAAAACCAAAGUAUAGACGAUUGGUUAGGUGAUUUUAUUAAAUUAGAUAAACAUAAUAUUAUGUUUCUCUUCAUACCUAAAUGUUAUUUUAUUAGUGAGAGCUAAUUAUUGUAAAUACUCGAUAAUAUUGAUAUACAAUUAUUAUACGGACAUAGGUACCUAUUAUAUAGAUGAUAUUAAAACUAAUCGUUAUAAUUUAAAUGAGAUAACGAUAAGUAGUAAUAAGGUGUAUACUAUAUAUUAUAAUAUUUUUACUAUUCAAUUUUGUUAUACGUAAAACUCAAAUGUAUAUCUAAUAUAUCUAUGUAUAAUUUGGAAUGUAAUUAUUUAAUAUUAUACAAUUGUAUUUGUAUUAAUUUUAAAAGUUUAAUUAGUAUGAUUGGUAUUUAAUAAUGUCCUUGUGAACAAUUUUGUUAAGGUAACCAGCGUAAUUUGUGCCAUUCGUGGUUAAGUUAGGUUACCCAGCUAAAUAAAUAAAUAAUAAUAGUUUAUAA